GGAAAAGACACAAAAGAUCCAUGAUCUGGAUGGAUCUUGCCCAUGGAGGCCCAGUGUCCCAGUAUCCCAACCAACCCGCACUGCACACCUUCAGGAAGCCACCACCGAGACAACCCCCUUCCAUCAUGCAUUGAACGCCCACGCCAGCCCAGGGCCCAGACGCUGUCCUUUGCAACUAUCGUUAGCUUGUUACUCCCCGAGCUCCACUUGAUAGACCUGAUCGUCGCUACGUUUACUCCUAUCUUCUACCUCAAAAGUUGCAGUCUAUUCUCUCUGCCCCAAACAAGCUUUCGUCCAAAGAACGGCGCCCGAUACUCACGCCACACAUCCUGACCACCAAAAUGGCGAGUCACCCUGGCAGAAUGACAGGUCACAAUGCAUCUGAAACCGAGAAACAUCCCGCCGCAGUCGAGCUCCCCGCCGAUUCUGAAACAUCACCUCACCUGGCGGCUUCCCCUGAUCACCACCAGCCAGGAGACUACAACCCCUGUGUGGGCGCAAAGCCGUCCUCACCCUUUUAUCGCCAUGCCACCCCAUCGGUGACCAUCGAUCGAUUCAAGGUGGAAACCGAGAAACCUCAGCCCACUGUUCAACGCUAUACGCCCUCCGUUAUCCCCGAGCGCCCGCCGAUGUUCAACGUAUCCGCCUUGGAAUCCGGCAGCCGUCAUGAGUCGAAUCUCUGGGGGCAACCAAAGAGGCACUGUGGAUGCAUGAGUCGACUGGGAAAGAAGCAGCGCAUGGUCGUCAAGGCCAUCAUUGCCGUCGUCAUACUGGGAACCAUGAUUGCGAUCGCGCUGGGAAUUACGGUCGCGGUGGGAGGAGCCGUGUGGAGGUCGGACCACCGGCAGGAGUUCAUCGGAUGAGAUGCAGGCGACUUCUUCCUUUACGAUGUGUCGAUCGAUACUUCACUUCACCGUUCUUGGUGCGAUGAUGCAACUUAAUAUCUCAACAAACAAACACAUUUUCUGCGGGACAUAUUGAUGGGAGUCUGGAGCCUGGAGGAUUUUCUUUUGGUCGCAUCGGGGUUGCAUGUACUGUACAUUGUUCUUCUUUUCCCUUGCAAGUUGAGGUGCUUUCCUGUACAUACAUACGUGCUUUCGUGGUUCUCUGCUCUAUUCUCCGUCUUCUGCUAGCGACACAUGCGGGACGAGAAUGUAGAUACAAACAGAACAUACAGUUAACUAGCGAGCG